AUGUCCACUAUACAUGCAUUCCUAAUUAAGGAUGCGGACCCCUCCUCCAGUGAUGGUGAUACUGUGCACUAUGGUCCUUCAACUAACAAUAAGGUACAAUCAAAUAUUGACCUUUUAUAGCUCUUUGUCUGUAAUUCAAAAAAGUUUUUUAAUUGAAUUAGAUUGAGCGUUGGUGGCGAGAAAUUUAUCACCUUCUAGAGAAGUUCUUUAAAAGACAAUUACUGAUGCUUCUUGAACAGGGAUAUUAUGAUCCAGAUUGUCAAACUGAUCGGUAGGUUUGUUUUCUGGUCUGGCCAUCUGGCUUGUUUUACGCACUGUUCUCGCUUUUCUCGCUUUAUGCAUGUGUUUAUUCAUUGCUAUAAAUUAUUCUUAGUGUAGUGUAUAAAUUUUAAUUGAAACCCAAUCUGCGGCUACAGUUUCUUAACCCAUUAAAUUGCAGAGUUUAUAAUGUAAUAUUUCCUAAAAUAUUCUGGUAAUGUCAAAGGCAUGCUUAUUAUGAUCAAAAGUAUUGUGAUGGAUGUGUGGAAUUUAACUGGUGUUUAAUUUUUUUUAUUACUAUUAGGGAUCUGAUAUCAUUUGUUUUCAUCCCUCUCAUACAAAAGGAAUUGAAUAUUUUCAAGGACACAAUAUGGAAUUCGCACAGGGUCAGAUGUCAGAAGGAUGCCCAAAUGCCCAAAGGUGUUCCUUGACAUCUGUAUUCAUUCCCAGAAAAAUAUGGUGCUGAACAUUGUGGUAUGGAAUUACAAUUGAAUGAUUAAUCUUUCAGAAAUACAGUACUUUGUCAUUUUCAUGUGGCGAUUUUUGAUUGUUCAUCAACAGGUUUUGAACUGAGGAAACAAGCUAUUGAUGAAGUUGCCCAACUAUCUGGAGUAAUGGAUGUAGGAGAUGAUUACUUGUCACAGGUUGUUAGACAGGAAUGUGAAAGGGUUAUUCCAGAAUUGGACAAUGUGAAACCACAAGAUGCAGCAACCACUUUUAUUGUCCUAAAAAAAUAUUAUAGAAAUGAUGCAGGAAAUUGA